AUAAAAUGUGAGUGUAUGUGUGUAUGACUACAUUGUAGCUAUGCAAUGACGAAAUGUUUCAUAAUUGUGAUGGUACGUGAAAUGAUUUAACUGAAUAGGAAACACCAAUCGAUCUUCCUUCUUGUCGAAGAGGUUUCGCAAGAGAUUAAUAGCCAAACUCACAGAGUUCCUCUGGAGUGAAAGACCAUGGGCCGGCUGGAUGAUGCUGCCAAACACAAAGUAGUGGAGCUGCGGAAGGCUGGUCUGAGUUUCCGUAAGAUCAAAGCUGUGCUGGAGCUGGAAAACAUCAAGGUGUCUGCCCAGGCUAUCUACCUGUUCCUGAGGGAGUUUCAAGGGAGGCCGCCAGGGAGGGUCAGACCUGUGGAGGCUGGAAGCAGCACAUCACCAGCACAGGUGCAGCCUCGAGCCGGGGCAAUACAAGAGAGCUGGAGUAACAUUCAUCUCCAAAACCUUCUGCGGAAGGCAUCUCACCAUGCCGACUUUGCCAAACAGACUUCCACAAAUCGGGAUACUGGUGCAAAGCCAUCUGGGUCUGGGGAGACCAGUGGAGGCAGCAGGCCAGAACAGCAACAUGAUGGAGAUAAGGAAGAAAAUGACAUCCAGAUUGUUAGUGUCACCUCCCUCGCACAGAACAUCCAACAAAGAAGUCCCCAGUCAGCUGUAACAAGAGCAGAGACAGGCACUGUGUCUUCCACACUAACAGCUUCUGGAGCAUUCAUGAGGAGGAGGGUCACACCUUCUCCAGCCACCAAUUCAAUGCUGGCUGCUCGAAAGAGGCUUUUGGAUAAAGCACUGUCACACAGGAUGAAGGUGGCAUCAUUGUUGAGGAAAGAUCACUUGAGUGUCCAAGGUGCUGAUUUGAGAAGUACAAUGCCACAACCACCUGAAACGUAUGAUCUGACCACUGAAAAGACUGUUAUGGAAGGUCAGCCUGGAGGAGGCGGUGCCCCCAGGCAUUUUCUUACACAGAGACCAGGUCUGUCUGUUCGUUCCCUUCACCCUCUCCCUCGGGUUGGCAUUCGUCUUCCUAACCGGUCAUCAUCACCUUUAACAUCCUCGGCUCCUGGUGUUGCCGCCAUCCGUCUACAGACUCCUGGAGGCCAGGGCACCACUCGUAGUGACAGGAACCCGAGCCCCCAGCAGGCAGUCCAGGACACCGGAGGGAGAGGUGGUCUGCAGGAUCAGAUUCAGACCCUGGGCUCUGAGGUGCGCAGCUUGGGUCUGGCAGUGAAGAUGCUGGUGGAGCAGCAGUGCCGCCUGGAAAGGGAGCAGGCGCAGCAGACACACAUUCAGAAGCAGAUCCUCAGCACUCUCCAGAGUUUUGCCUCCAGACUGCGAUGUUGUCGCAGUGUUCAACAGCAACACAACAAAACUCCAUCACCCUCUGAUUUGCCAACACCUUCUGCAUCUACCUCCUUCAGCCAAGACACCUUCAACUUCAGUCAAGGCACGUACACUCAGUGCAGCCAAACCCAGCCAAGCUAUAACUCUUUAGAGAGUUUAGAAAAUGUAGAGGCCUUUAAACUGCCAGGACUGAGUCCUUCAAGCAUGAAUGGGUUUCCACCAUGUAGCAAUGCUGAGAACUUCCCACUUACUCACACUCCCCCUCAAACACAAUCGUAUGCAGCUGCAUACCCACAGCAAAACAGUCAAACACUCAUGCCACCCUACACACAGUCUUAUGUCCCUACUUACAGCCAUUCACAUUCUCAGAAUUUCAGAGGAUCAGAGAAUAAAACAUCUGAUUUCCCAAGCAGCUUUCCAGCAAGGACUCUCCAGGACUGCGGUGUGUCCACCCAGACGGUGAUGAACUCUAACCACUCUUCACAGGAUCAACAGAUCAAUAUUAUCAAAGUGGAAGGACCUUAGAGGGCUUCAGAUGCCACAGUGUUUUUGGACUAUAAGGGCUUGGAUAUGCUUUUUUAGAAUCACUUUAGAAUACUUAUGUAAGCCACACAUUUUUUUACAAUGAACCUAUGCUGUAGCAUUUCUUAAAUUGAUUUAUUUUAUUUCCAAAGUACAUAUAACUAGGACUGGUGUUACAAACUGUUAGUUUUCAUACCACUAUGCUAGCUGCUUAACAAAAUAAAGAGAUGGUUCAAAGAA